AUGUCGCUUCGUACUGCCCUCACUGGGCUUCUGUGUGCUGGCUUGGCCACGGCUGUUCGUUAUAAUGACAACCAAGUAGCCCUCAUCAAGGAUAGCGAUGAGGCUGCUAAGAAUUUUCCCAGCGUGAAGGGAAUUGAGCUCAAGUCUCCCGCCUUCACCAACCCCAAGGGUGUUCCCGCAGGCUUCGACAAUGGCACUAGCGGACCGACUGACGAUGCAACAAUGGAGUAUUUCCUCCAGAGUCUUGCAUUGCGCAACGACUGGAUGACAUACACCAACCCGUCAUACAAAUCCGAUGAAGGACGUUCUCUUCCCCACGUCUUCCUAUCCACAUCGAGCCAGCCCGCCAUCGCAGCCAAUUCAUCUUCAGAGAAAUUGCGAGUCUACAUCCAAGGUGGCGUACAUGGUAAUGAACCUGGCGGUGAUGAAGCUCUGCUUGCUCUGCUAGGAAAAUUCGAUGCCAACUCCACCUGGGCAGCGUCAAUCAUGGAGAAGAUGGAUAUUCUCAUCCUUCCUCGCUACAACCCUGACGGUGUCGCAAACUUCCAACGCUUCCUCGCUACGGGAUAUGAUCCCAAUAGAGACCACAUUAGAUUUGCGAGCCAGCAAACACGCGAUGUGAAAGCGAUGAUCAUUGACUUCUCUCCUCACAUUGCUGUCGACUGUCACGAGUACAGCGCCAAUAGAGGUUACGGCGCUAAAGAGCAGUGGGUACAAGCCGUGGAUGGCCAGUUUGACGCUAUGAAGAACUUAAACAUCCACAAGGAUAUCCGCGACUACUCGGAGAAGUUCUUCGCGCCCCAAAUCGCUGGUGCAAUGGAGAAGCGCAAGCUGCGAUGGAGUCCCUACGUCACUGGCAACCUCAGGGAGGAGCCUGUGGUUCUCACUCAGCUUGACACCCAGGCGCGAGCUGGUGAUGUCUCACUGGCCUUAACCCAGACCAUGGUAUUUCUCACUGAAACGAGGGGUAUUAUGCUUGGAAGCCAGCACUUCCAGCGCCGUGUCGCUUCAGGAUUGACAAUGGUGGAGGCUAUUGUCCAGACAGCUGCCGACAAGGCCGAGGACGUGUACGAAGUGAUCGAGGGAGCUCGCCAGAAAGCUAUCGAUGGAGUCGACGAGAUUGUCGUCAAUGACAGCUUCCAGCCCACCAACAGAACCUGGGACAUGAUCGAGCUCAAAACAGGCAAACUGAUCAAAGUCCCGGUCAAGUUCCUCAGCUCUGCGCCCGUCAAGGCCAACCUCACACGAACUCGUCCCGAGGCCUACAUCUUCCCCCAAGCGUGGAAAGAAGCCGCCGAGCGCCUGAGACUCAACGGUGUCAAGGUCGAGAACAUCCGAUCCGACUUCAAGGGCGAGGUUGAAGCUUACAACGUCACCGGCAUUUCGUUGGCCAGCACUGUUUACCAAGGAACUGUCCUGAACACUGUUACUACCGAGACAAAGCGCAAGGAGAUCAAGAUGCCGGCGGGAAGCUUCUGGGUGUCUACCCGGCAGCAGGCUGCGGCUUAUGCUUUUACGGUGCUUGAGCCUGAGAAUAUUGAUUCCUAUGCUACUUUCAAUAUCUUCCCUGUUAAUGUGGGUGAUGAGUACCCUGUAUACAGAGUUGUGGAAUAG